AUGGAAAAUCUGUAUUUGAAAGAUUCACCUCUAAAUUCUGUGUCGAAAAUAAUGCAGAAGUUCAUAUUAAAUGAGGCAUAUGUGGUUAAUUUUGCAUUGUAUCCGAUGCCAAAUUUCGCCGAUGCAUUCAUUCGAGAAAAGUUCGACCAACUCAUUAAAGAACUCGAGAUGAUACCGAAAUAUGGUAUAGGACCCGAAGGAACGAAUUUAUGGAUUCGAGAAUUCUCUGAUGUGAUUAUCAUCUUUCAUUUACUCGAUUCUCAAAUACCUCAAAUUUGGAUGAGUUCUCGCUUUCGAUAUCGAUGCAUAAAUUAUUUAUUUAUUAUUUUCGAUAUUUAUCGAAUGAAGGUCAUUCAUUAA